AUGAAUAACCAGUCAAAUGCGCUAUCAUCUAAGGGUGUCAAGGUCCAAAAGAGGAAAGUCGUCUCAACGGCAAAUCCUUCUUCAUCGCUUCCGCACCACCAAUUGAUGACACAUGCAACCAAGAUGAGAAGAAACAAAAUUAAUGAAAUGAAGAAACAAAGGAAAGAUUUCUUAAGAAGGGUCAACUAUGGGAGUAUGUUGACUGUGGUAGUGCUACCUUUGUUGGCAAUAAUUUAUCUUCUCAGAUACAAAGAGAGUAUUGUUCCUGAAAACCAAAAGACAUUAUACUUUACUUGUAUAUACUAUAACAUCACAAUGUUGGCAUUCACUAGUGGUUAUCAUAAAUAUUUUGCUCAUAAUUCAUUCAAGAUUAGAGCUGAAUUUCUAAAAUACUUUUUUGCCAUACUCGGUAGCAGUUGUGGUCUAGGUUCAAUUAGAUGGUGGGCAACCUUACAUAGAGCUCAUCACAAUUUCACCGACGACACUGAAAAAGAUCCAUACCUGAUUAAGAGGGGGUUUUUGUAUGCUCAUUAUGGAUGGAUGCUUAAGAGACCUAAACUCAUGAGGUUUUAUAAUGAAUUGUUUGAACAGGAGUUUUCUGGACAGAUUGAAAACCAAGAAUUAGUGAAUGAAGCAAUUGUUGAAAACAGAUCAGAAAUAGAAGAUGAAGUUGAUUUGAAGGAACUAAUUGAUCCUACUACAGAUCCCAAUUACAAUGAAGAUUUAAAGAAUUUCUUGAUAUGGCAACAAAGAACAUACUUGAUAUGGUUCUUCUUGACUAGUAUUUUGAUACCUGGUUUUAUAACUAAAUUUAUUUGCCAUGAUUCAUUCAUUCAUGGGAUUUUAUAUCCUGGGUUAUUGCGUAUGUUUUUAUGCCAACAAUCGCUUUUGAGUACUGAAUCUAUAUGUCAUUUGAAACGCAUCCAAGUUACUAUUCCUACACAGCCAUUCAAUGACACCAAUUCAUCGAUAAACUGUAAUAAUCCUUUAUUAUCUAUUUUAACAUAUGGUCAAGCCCAUCAAAAUUAUCACCAUGAGUUUCCUCACGAUUAUCGUGUUGAUAAUAGUUUGUUCACUUAUGACCCAACAAAAUGGUUUUUGUGGACAAUGGAAAAAUUGGGUUUUGUUGAAGAAUUGAGUCGUACCCCGGACAGUUUGGUGACGCAGUUGAAAUUACAACAGCAACAGAAGGUUAUCAAUAGAUUAAAAAGUCAGUUGAACUGGGGAACUCCUAUCUCGAAAUUGCCAUUAAUUACCCCGAAAGAAUUCAACAAGAUUAUUGCAUCUUCUUCGAAUAAAGACAGAAUUUAUAUCAUUAUUCAAAAAAUCAUUCAUGAUGUCACUCCAUUCAUGGACCAACAUCCAGGUGGGGUACCUUUGUUGAAAGCAUCAAAUGGCCAGGAUGCAACUAGGGCAUUUUACGGUGGUGUCUAUGGACAUCUGACAGCUGCUGUUAAUUUAUUGGCUACAAUGAGAAUAGGUGUCUUGGACGAUGGAAAGAAUGAAGAAGUUUGGAAGAAAGUUGCUAGACAAGAACGUGAGGUUGUUGCAUCUGCUGAUUCUAGAUCAGGUCAAUCACAUACAGCAGAAGCGGCUUAG